AAAUUCAUUGUUAAGUCGCGCGUGUAAUUGUUACGUAAAAAGAUUUGCGAAAUUGUACGUCGAAAACUCGCUACUUCAUAGUAGGAGCCUGUCACAUGACAGAAGAGUUUCUUCUAACAUUACACCGCAUAUAGACUGCAAGCGAAUGUCGUGCCACAUCGACCGAUCUACAAGGCCUAAUAUCGGUUUGCGGCUUUCAGAGUUUGGAAUCGAAAUCUUUUAUAUCACGUCUAAACGAAUAAUAAUUAGAAAAAUGUAUAUACUGGAUAGCAGAAGUGCGUACUGUUCGUAAUCUCGAGGUUCAAUUAUAAAUUUAGGCUGCGUUCCGUUAUUCACCGCCAGUACUAAAAAUCUAUAACUUACGUCACGUAUACUAUACAUAUUCAAUACUGGCAGUGGAUGUCGGAACGCAGCCUUAGACGCCAGACAAAGUGAUAAAUAUAAAGGAAUAGAAUCAAUUAUCUCUGUUAUAGAAAAGAUGUUCAGCGACUGUUAUCUCCUUUAGGAUACAAAUAAAUGUUACAAUAGAUGAAAUAUAUAUUGUGUAACAGGGAAAUUUUUAUUGGGCUAUUACGACUCUUGUAACAUUUAUUGUAAUUAUAUAUUUAUUAUUGUAACAUUUGAAAAACAACUUGGAAAUUAGAUCACAUUGUAAUUAUCUUUAGAAAUCAUGAAGAAAUGUGUUGCGCUAAUUGAAACAUAUUUUGCAAAGUAUUUAGAAAAAUCGGCGGACAAAAUUAUAUGCUCGUUUAUUUUAACCUUAUCGCAUCUUACGCGUAAACUUUUAUACUUUAUGUUCACGAUAUCAAAUUUUAUAUCGCAUUAAUAGACAUUAGGGGAUAAUUAUUUAAUGCUCUGCCUUUGUCUGCAUUUAGGUUUUCAACACAAUUUGUUCUCCCUGCAUUGUUAAACUCGAAGAUAUUCUCAGAAGGGAUCUUCUCGAUGUGCGUUCACCUCUCGAGGGAACAACCUCGAAGGAAACUCACAUCGAGAUUCCAGCAGAAUUUACCCGCCCGAGUACCGAUAAUUUGGAGACAACGGAAAAGUCGCGGGUCGUCAACGAAAUUUCAAAUUUUCCACCUGGGGAAACCAUGGUGACCGACGCCGAGGUCAAGGGAAGCGUCGAUUCUAUCGGUGCAGAAAAUAAAGCCGGUACCAACGAUUCGGAAGCUCGCGUAAAUACGGAAAAUGUCAGGAAGAGACAGUUAACGUGCGAGUUCUGUGAAAAGGCGUUCAGUCACGCGGGGGACCUCAACAAGCACAGGAGGAAGCACACUGGCGAGCAACCUUACGCGUGUACUACGUGCGAACGGAGGUUCAAGACGUCGUCCAAUCUAGCCAGGCAUCAACAGACACAUCUCGGGAUUAAGCCGUUCCGCUGCGAGAUUUGCGGAUGCGCUUUCACCCGAAAAGUCAAACUUUCCGCCCAUUUAGUAGCAAAACAUGACGGAGCUUCGAAACCUAAUCAGUCGUUGACGUAACAUUACGUAGUAUAAAUUAUAGAGCGCUUUAAUACAAAAGUAACAGUAAUAGGCUGCAAUUAAACACGAGUCAAUAGAAAUAAAAUUGCGAAAGAAAAGAAAGAUAGAAUAUAGUGGUAUUUAACUUCAACAUCAUUGAAAUUUAAGGCACAAC